AAGAAACCUUCGGCCCUUUUUGGGUCUCCGCCUUGCUUCGCUUUUUUGGACGGAGGGAAUCCAACGUCUCCCUCUAUUUAUCGGCCGGAAACCCUAACCCCAAACCCCAAAACAGUAACUUUCUUGCUUUUCCUUCUGGGUUCGCUGAUUCAGGCGGGGUUUGGGAGUCCGAGGACGGUCGGCUAGGUGGGGAAUGGAAGGGGGUGCGGCGGAUUACAAUCCUCGGACUCCUGAGGAUGUCUUCAGGGAUUUCAGAAGCCGGCGGGCCGGAAUGAUCAAGGCUCUGACCACUGAUGUCGAGAAGUUCUACCAGCAAUGUGAUCCCGAAAAGGAGAAUUUAUGUCUAUAUGGGCUACCUAAUGAGACUUGGGAGGUAAACUUGCCAGCUGAGGAAGUUCCAGCUGAACUUCCAGAACCGGCAUUAGGAAUAAACUUUGCGAGGGAUGGAAUGGCUGAAAAGGAUUGGUUGUCACUGGUUGCAGUUCACAGUGAUGCAUGGUUACUGUCUGUUGCUUUCUAUUUUGGAGCACGUUUUGGGUUUGAUAAAGAAGCUAGGAAGAGGCUUUUCCACAUGAUUAAUGGUCUCCCAACUAUAUAUGAAGUUGUAACAGGAACCUCCAGAAAACAAUCAAAAGAAAGAACUAACAACAGCAGCAAGAGCAACAAGUCUGGUUUGAAGAACUCACGGCAGUCUGAGUCUUAUACAAAGGCCUCAAAGAUGCCUCCACCAAAGGAAGGGGCAGGGAGUGAAGGAGAGGACAAUGAGGACAUGGAGGAACAUGGAAACACUCUAUGUGGUGCAUGCGGGGACAACUAUGCUAAUGAUGAGUUCUGGAUUUGUUGUGAUGUGUGUGAAAAAUGGUACCAUGGGAAGUGCGUUAAGAUUACUCCUGCAAGGGCUGAGCACAUCAAGCAGUACAAAUGCCCUGGUUGCAGUACCAAAAGGGCCAGAGCAUGAAGGAAUUGAGAAUUUGUGGUGGUCGUUUCAGACGGGGGGCUUCAGCAAUAUGAAGAGGAGAACCAUUUUGGAUGCAGCAGCAAAUUGAUAUGCUCGCCAAAUCUCCUUGAUCUCAAUUUAGACAUGAACUCUGUAGUCCUAAUACAUACUUGUCUCUGUAUUUUGUGUCUGUUUAGUUUUGACAAGCUCUAAUGGAUGGUUUUCUUGUGUUCUGAA